AACGCGUGUGUGAGUGGUGGACUGUAUGCGCGUACCCCGUGUGUGUGUGUGUGUGUGUGCGCGUUAAUCCCACUCCGCUGUGGUCAGGUGAUCAGGCUCAGAGCAGCUGUGCAGCCUCGGUAUCGCUCUCCAUCAGACAACGGGAGUCACCGGCGCUGAACGCACAUACACAGUUUCUCAUCCGUCGCAAACGUUGAACCGUUCGGAGAAACGCUACGUUUCGGAGCGUUGUGUCAGUGAAACAACAUGGGGGAAAGAGUGGCUUUACUGCUGCUGGCUGUGGCGGCUUCGGCUCUGGCUGCCGAGGUGCCUACAGAUGUUUCUAUGGGUCUGCUGGCAGAGCCCCAGGUGGCCAUGUUUUGCGGUAAACUCAACAUGCACAUCAACGUGCAGAGUGGCAAGUGGGAGUCGGACCCCUCAGGCACCAAGAGCUGCAUCGGCACCAAGGAGGGCAUCCUGCAGUACUGCCAGGAGGUGUACCCAGAGCUCCAGAUUACCAAUGUGGUGGAAGCCAACCAACCAGUCAGCAUCCAGAACUGGUGCAAGAAGGGGCGCAAGCAGUGUCGCAGUCAUAUGCACAUUGUGGUGCCCUACCGCUGCCUGGUGGGAGAAUUUGUGAGUGACGCCCUACUCGUCCCUGACAAGUGCAAGUUCCUGCACCAGGAGCGCAUGAACCAGUGUGAGAGCCACCUGCAUUGGCACACUGUAGCCAAGGAGUCCUGCGGCGACCGUGCCAUGAAUCUCCACGACUAUGGGAUGCUGUUGCCGUGCGGCAUCGACCGUUUCCGAGGCGUGGAGUUUGUGUGCUGUCCCACGGAGGCGGAGCGUGACGCCGACAGCGCCGAGCAGGACGCUGACGAUUCUGAUGUCUGGUGGGGUGGAGCAGAGACUGACUAUUCUGACAACAGUAUGGUGCGGGAGCCAGAGCCAGUCGAGCAGCAAGAGGAAACCAGGCCAUCUGUGGUAGAGGAGGACGAGGAGGAAGAGGAGGAGGUGGCAGAGGAAGAUGAGGAGGAAGAGGAGGAGGAGGAUGUGCUGGAUAACGACCAGGACGGAGACGGGGAGGAGGAUGAAGAGGUGGCGGAGGAUGACGAGGAAGAGGAGGAGGAGGAUGGAGAUGAUGGAGAUGAUGACAUUGUUGACACACUCGAUGAUGACGCAGAUGAACCCACCACCAACAUUGCCAUGACGACCACCACUACCACCACCACCACCACCGAGUCUGUAGAAGAGGUUGUCAGGGAUGUGUGCUGGGCCAACGCAGAGACUGGUCCCUGCCGGGCCAUGCUGCCCCGCUGGUACUUUGACCGCCAGGAGGGCCGCUGCGCUCAGUUUAUCUACGGCGGCUGCGGAGGCAACAGGAAUAACUUUGAAUCAGAGGAGUACUGCCUGUCUGUCUGCAGCAGCGUCAUGCCCACAGCCACGCCCAGCUCACCCGACGCCGUGGACCACUACCUGGAGACGCCUGCUGACGAAAACGAACACGCCCACUUCCAGAAGGCCAAAGAGAGCCUGGAGGCUAAACACCGCGAGAGGAUGUCCCAGGUGAUGAGAGAGUGGGAGGAGGCCGAGAGAGAAGCUAAGAAUCUUCCACGCGCCAACAAGAAGGAUGUCAUCCAGCGUUUCCAGGAGAAGGUGGAAGCUCUGGAACAGGAGGCGGCCAGCGAGCGGCAGCAGCUGGUGGAGACCCACAUGGCCAGGGUGGAGGCUCUGCUCAACGACCGGCGCCGCCUGGCUCUGGAGAGCUACCUGACCGCGCUGCAGCAGGACCCACCCAGGCCUCGCCAUGUCUUCAGUCUGUUGAAGAAGUACGUGCGCGCCGAGCAGAAGGACAGGCAGCACACCCUCAAACACUUCGAACACGUCCGCAUGGUGGAUCCCAAGAAGGCAGCGCAGAUCAGACCUCAGGUGCUGACCCACCUGCAUAUCAUCGAGGAGCGCAUGAACCAGUCCCUGGGACUCCUCUACAAGGUGCCUGGUGUGGCCGACGACAUCCAGGACCAAGUUGAGCUCCUGCAGAGGGAGCAGGCGGAGAUGGCCCAGCAGCUGGCCAACCUGCAGACGGACGUGAGGAUGAGCUACGGCAACGACGCUCUGAUGCCCGACCAGGAGCUGGGAGACGGCCAGACCGACCUGCUGCCCCAGGAGGACACGUUGGACCUGGGGGGAGUGGGCUUCAUCCACCCUGAGAGCUUCAACCAGCCCAACACUGAGAACCAGGUUGAGCCAGUGGACUCUCGCCCUAAUCUUGACAGAGGUGUUCCCACACGACCAGUGACUGGAAUGAAGAUGGAACCUAUUCCUGCGAUCCGGAUCGAGACGGAGGACAGGCAGAGCACUGAAUAUGAAGUUCACCACCAGAAACUGGUCUUCUUCGCAGAGGACGUGGGCUCCAACAAGGGCGCCAUCAUCGGCCUGAUGGUCGGAGGCGUCGUCAUAGCAACCGUGAUCGUCAUCACCUUGGUGAUGCUGAGGAAGAAGCAGUACACCUCCAUCCACCACGGAGUCAUCGAGGUGGACGCCGCGGUCACCCCCGAGGAGCGCCACCUGUCUAAGAUGCAGCAGAACGGUUACGAGAACCCAACCUACAAGUUCUUUGAGCAGAUGCAGAACUGAGCGGAAUGUCACGCGUCCACACACACACACACACACACACACACAUGAACAUCUCCUCCCACGCAUCAUCCCCUCCCCCCCUUCACCCUACCCCUCCCUACCUGACUAGUCCCACAUCUCCAAAAGGCAGUGUGGCUUAGAUCAUAUGCGUGACUGAAAUAGUCAGUCACGAGCGUACUGAGCGAGCGACUGUAGCCAGGGUUUUCUUUCCUUUUUGUUUUUUUUUUUUUCCCCUGCCUGGGCGGACACUGUGGCCAAGCCAGUUUGCACCGAGUUUGUUCACUUUAUUGGAGCGGGACGCCUUUAAAUUAAAGAAUGGCGCGUUGUUUAAAUGUAGCUCCGUCUGGGCCUGCUGAUGUACGGAAAAAAAGGCCCCGCCCAGCGCAUCGACAACAAACCCGCCCCAUUUGGGGAGGGUAUGAAGUCGAGCUCUCUCCAUACUGAUUCAGGACCAGUGUAUAGUGGGAGGGUUUUUUGUUUUUUGUUUUUUUUUUAAUGGUUUGAGAUGGUUUAAGGUGUAGACAAAUCUGACCACUGAUCAGUAUGACGUUGAGCGCACGCCGACCUGGGCCUCUUUUACAAAAACUGGUUGCACGCAGAUGCAUCAGAAUCACGGAUGGGAUGUGUUCAUAUUCAUUCGUUUCCAUCAUAUUCUUUCUAAUGAUUAUAUCAUGAAAUAUAUAAUGAAAGCAACAUGGUUUUUCUAAAUGAAGCCCAGUGUUUCCCCACCAACUGCACCACUACUGCACUCACUCUACAGUCUACACUGGAGUAUAAGUGAGCCUCCCCUCCCUCCCCACUUCCUCUUCCAUCUCUCCCUCCAUCCUCUUUUCUUUGCGCAUUCUUUCCGACAGCUGGGCUGUGCUAAGUCGCACGAGGCUCCGAGGAUAUCUGGAGAUGCUGACGAUAAUGAAUACGUUGAUGACGACGGUAGUAAUUGUGUAUUCUGAAUGAGCUUUGAGUUUUUAUUUUGGAGUUUUCUCUUUGGUUUCCAGUUUUGUUUUUCAAAAAAGAAUGAAAACGGAGGAAAACAAAAAAAAAAAAAACAACAAAAAAAAGUCAACCGAUGUAAAGUCCUUUUUUUAAAUUGCGUGUAAUGUUACUGAAGUAAUGCUGAAGUCUUAGCUGUUCCUAUGUAGUGCAUGACAACAGGAUUUGGGAAGAAAAAAAAAACAAGAAAAAAAACAUCCGAGAUCUUAUCGCUGCUCUCUCUCUCUCUCUCUCUCUCUCUCUCUCUCUCUCUCUCCUUUCUCACGUAUAGAUUGUCAUUCUAGCAAGAUUGUACAUUUAGUAUCUUCUCGUGAUCACGUGACUUCAAAAAAAUGAGUAAAAAGUAUAUAUGAAUCAAGAUGAACGGGCUCUGCUUUGGUAUCAUGUAAAAUACACAUUUAAAAGAGAUCUGUGAUUUUGGAAUUUAAGUGUGUUUCUUGUAUUUUUUUUUUUUUUUUAUCAUUAUUAUUAUUAUUUUUUAAUCAACCAUGCUAUGUUCCUGGCGCUACAGGAGGGGAGGGGGCUGGCUUCAUCUCAGUUUGUAUAUUAUUCUCAUUUAAAUAUAUUGAGUUAAAAAUUCUUAUGCGUAGGGACUCUCAGAAAUCACUCCCUUUCUUCCCCCCCCCCCCCCGUUCUUUUUUGUUCAACUCGUGCGUUUUCUUGGAAAAGGGCAUGUUGUGGGUGUGAGGAAUCGGAAUAAGGGAUGGGUUAGGAUUAUCUCUGCCUGUAACGCGUUUUGUCAUUUUCAGUCUGGUGUUUUUCGUCCAGUUGUAAGCCAACGCUGUCCGUUUCUUUUGGUUUUGUAAUCAUCUCGCUGUCUGCUGAUAGAACAGGUGGAAUGCUGAAAGGAGGAGGAAGGAGGGCGAGGUAGAGAGGAAAUGACUUGCAGUUCCAGAUGGAUAACCAGCCAGGCAGGCAGUCUGUAUAUAUAAUGGAUGUUCACCCCCUCCCCGCCUCCUUCGCCUUCGCUUCCCCUCAGGCAUGCCACUCACCUCUCUGCCAUGGACGCACCCUUGACUUCUCAGAGGCAGGGCGCCGUAGCCUCCCUGUAGAUGAUGAGAGGGAGAAGAGAGAGACGAGAGCCUGCCUGGGGAUAUGAAGGCAGGGAUUAAAACAUUAUUCUGAGGCAAAUUCAUCUUCGUACAGUCAGCUCAUCAUCAUCAGCCACCGUCUGACCCAAUAUUAUGGUGAGUGAAGUGUACAUAUGAAGGCUGCAGUGGGGUGGGUCCUUGGUUUUCAGAGGGUGCUCAUGAGAAGCCCAGCAGAGGGCAGUAGAGUAGAAGAGGAAGCGGGAUUUUCUUUCAGUCUUUUUCUGUGGAUUAUAUAUUGGUUUUGUUUUCCGCUGUAAUAUUGUGCAGGCCAUUUGCAUUUACUGGGAAAAUGCUUUCUACACUGUAUUCCAUAAUAAAGUUUUGAAUGUACAUACA